AUGACCGCAUUCAACUCGAUGGAGGAGCGUGACCAAUUUGACACUCGUGUCCUAUACGAACCCCUUGAGGGAGUCGAAAGACUUGAGAACUAUCGACAAGGGGGCUAUCACCCGGUACAAAUUGGAGAUUACUUUCACAGUCGAUAUCGAGUUAUCCAUAAGCUGGGAUAUGGCUCCUAUUCAACUACAUGGCUGGCCCGUGAUGAAAAAUCCAAUAAAUAUGUUGCAGUGAAAGUCUGCACGGCAAACUCAAACCCAAAGGAAGUGGACAUCCUAUCCACCUUCGGACAUACUCUUAAUUCUCCAGUCCACAAUCCCGCAAAGACGAUGGUCCCUUCGAUCUUAGACACUUUCACCAUUCAUGGCCCGAAUGGAAAUCAUGCUUGCUACCGUACCGCACCAGCAAGGGCUAGCCUCUCCCAGGUGAAGGACGGUUCAUGGAUCCGCUUAUUCCAGCUUGAUGUGGCCCGGUCAUUGGCUGCGCAACUCGUCCUUGUUGUGGACUAUGUACAUGCCCAAGGAAUUGUCCAUGGAGACCUGCACCUAGGCAAUAUUCUUUUCAAAGUUCCUCACAAUUUUGAUCAGAUUACCCUCGAGCAACUGUAUGAGAAGUAUGGAACCCCGGAGCUUGACCCAGUGGUUCACCUAGAUGGCAAUCCGCUUCCUCCUGGUGUCCCAUCCCACGGCAUUGCAUCCGUAUGGUUGGGGGAACCAAUUGAGAAAAUUACACUUGCAGAAUCCAGGAUCUUGCUUUCAGACUUUGGUGAAGCCUUUUCGUACUCAAAAGAACCGAAACAUGAAUCUCGCACCCCCCUGGUUAUCCGUCCACCCGAGGCUCGUUUCGAACCAAAUAAGCCUUUGUCAUUUUCAUCGGACAUUUGGACUGUCGCCUGUACCAUAUGGUCCAUUAUCGCUCAGCGGCCAUUGUUCGAAGGAUUUCUCGCGACGGAGGACGACAUGACCUGUGAGCAAGUCGAUACUCUUGGCGUUCUGCCACCUGAGUGGUGGAGGAAAUGGGAAGCUCGACGACAUAAAUUUUCGGAGGAUGGCAAGCCGAUAAACCGUGAAUAUUUCCGAUCUUGGGACGAUCGAUUUGAGGAUAGUGUGCAACAGCCCAGGCAAGACAGUGGUAUGCCGAUGUUUGACACAAGGGAGAGGGAUGCUAUCUUCGACAUGCUACGGCCGAUGCUCUCAUUCAGACCGGAGAAUCGUCCAACUACCAAGCAGAUCCUCGAGUCAGAAUGGAUGGUGGACUGGGAAAUCUGUUGGCAAUUUUAG